AUGUCCAUGAGGUCGCAUAGAGUACCAGAAGAAUAUGUGCGGUGGACGAAGCUACUUUAUGCGAAGCCUACCAGCGUUGUACGAUGUGCUGCUGGAACAAGCAGCCCAUUCCCUGUACAAGUAGGGGUUCAUCAGGGUUCAUCCCUCUCAUCUCUGCUGUUCAUACUGUGCAUGGACACGAUAACGAAGGAAAUCCAGAAGCAGCAUCCGUGGACCCUACUCUCUGCCGACGAUGUCAUGCUCGCGUCGGAGUCUCGAGAUGAUCUUCAGAAACUAGUGUAG